AGUACUACAUGUUGUAAGAUAAAUUGAUAAUGGUUAUUUGUAGUGAGAUGUGUCGUUGGUAUUUAAUAUCAACAAUACUUAGCUCUCUUUUUUUAAGUUGAGGCACUAUGGACGUAAAACUCAUCCAUCUCCUCAAUCGGGAUCGAACCCCCUCGAUUUCUUUGCAACACACGUAAGCAAAAAAACUCGAAAAACCAUAUCAUAACGUUUUUUUCUUCUUCUUUUUUUCGGGGCAUGUCAUAGUGUCAUACCUUUAAAACUCAAAUGAAAAAUAUUUAGCUUACAAAUGUUAUUCUAUUUCCUAGUUGUUACCUGACCCGGUCCAGGAUGGAAGCCCAAAAUCAUAGGGGCGACUGGGUCGUAAGUCUUGAUUAAACUUAAAUUCUUGUUGGUAAACAGAAGAGUGUACCUGUAUUCUUUAAGAUAUAGAAAAAUUGCACCCUAUAACCAAACAAAAAUCUCAGAUUAAAUAAUUAACCAAAACUUUCAUCUCUUCCUAUCUCUCUCUCCUCUUUCUAGAAAUCUAAUUUUGUUUUUAUUUUGUUUUUUUCACCAAUUCUACCUACGAUUAAUGGAAGCAGUUUGAUGAAAAAAAAUGAUAGCAGGUUUAAUGAAGGAGUUGAACAAAUCAACUGCACUAUAUUCUCUCCGCAUAGGCAUAAAAAGCAAGACAUAUAACUCAUGGUAGAGAUCAGACUGAAGAGCAAGCUUGGCAGGAUGAUCGAUGUUUGUGGUUCCUAAGGUUUUUCAUAUGGAGAAAGCUAAAGGCGACAACAUAGACAAUCGUCCCCAGAUGAACAAGCAUGUAUGUAGAGUUGGUACUCCUUGUAUAAUAAAUCACUGAUACUCUCAACUUCUUACAAUUGUGUUUAUGAUUGUAGGGUCUUCAUCGUCUAUAACAAAGUUUAGUAUUGCAUAAUAGCUAAGUUUUCUUUGUUCUUGGAGAUUCUCGAAAUAAAACCAACCAAUAUUAGCUCGACUAUAUAGUUGUUCGAGCGAAGAUUAGUUGGGUUUUGGUAUACUACUAAAAAAACUUGCAAUUAGGAAAAUGAAUAGUAGUACUAUGUACUAUGGUCUUUCUCAACACAAUAUGAAACGGCAAAUAAAUGGCAUGUGGGGAACACGUAGUUAAAUGAGCAGUAAAUGGGAAACAUAUUUUUGUUGGUUGUCCUCAUACUUUCGUGUAAUGUGUUAGAUAAGGAAACUUGUAAAAUUUAAUUCUCUAGUGAUUCCAUAAGAUCCCUACGAAUAUAUAAUUGGUAGUUCAGUAUUUGUACUGCCAAAGGAUAUGGCCGAUGAUACCUCUUAAUUAGGUUGUUUGCAUGUAUAUGUUAACCAAUGUGACUCGUUUCACUUGAUUAGGACCAAACACAACCGGAGCUAGACAUUAGUUUUACAUGGGUCAUUUAUUCAUUUAUUAUAGCUAAAAAGGGAAGUGUAGUAUUUGAACUCAAGACAUGGGGUCAUAAAAGAAAGUUUUACCAGUUCACCACAAUAAUAAUUAUGAUAACAAGCCUAUAACUUAAAUUUUAUAGAUUUCAUGUGGGUCCUCUUGAACUGGCUCUGCCACUGAACACAGCGACUACAUUUUAUCACUUUGUUUUAAGUUUCAAAUUUAAAAUGACCUCCUUUUACAUUUUGCUUCGAUGCACAUAUAGAAAGCAAACGGGUGAUAAUUCUACAAGAGGAAGAUCUAAUCGAGAGUUUUGAGGUUUUUUGUCUACGAUUUCUCUUAAUAACAAACUUUUUUGCCAUUAAGGUAAAAAAAUGAGUAUUACAACUUGUAGUUUGGACUAAUCAAUAUAUAGUGUGAUGUGAGGAAACUUUGUUCUCGUAAUUUUGAUAUGAUGUAUGCAUAGUUGAAAUGGUGCCGGCUUAUCGCUAAUGUAAGCUUACGCAUAUUUACGAAGGCACACGUGUUAUGUAGUUCGAGCAAAGCGUCAAAGACCAUCUGGUCAACCUCAACGGAUCAAGAUUCGGAUAUUUAUAUAUUAUAUUCAGAUUAUGCGAUUACUAUUUGAUCUACGUAUUCACGUGACCAUCAACAACUAUAUACAUCUCUCAAUUUAUGCAUACACGUAGGUACAUACACAAAAAAAUGGUUAAGAAAUCAAAAGAAAACUUUUUAAAAAGAAAAAGCGAUGACAAUGAUCUAGUUAGGCACACACUAGAAUUAACGUCUAAAAGAACCACGAAAAGGAAAAGCGAUGACAAUGAUCUAGGCAGGCACACUAUACAAUUAGCGUCUAAAAGAACCACGACGAGCCUAAACGGACCGAUCACGAGUCUCUCGACGGUGAAUAAGCCACGACUUCAGUCUCCUUCUACGCCAACGUGGCACCUCCUAUACCAUACACGUGUCAUCAUCUCCAUUCCCCUCGAAAGCUCGAGCUCAUUAGUCAUCUUUUUAAUUAAUUGUCGAUCUUUCGCUAUAAAUACCAACUCAGUCACUAUUCCUUCUAUUGUCUGUAACACAGUAACUUAUGGCGUGCAUAGACACACUCUCUCUCCCAUUUGCUUGACUUUUGUGGUCAGUGAGAGAAUCAUAAAUAGUCACACGUAUAUAUAACCACCGCCGGAGAAGAUGGGAAGAGCGCCGUGUUGCGAGAAGGUCGGGAUAAAGAGAGGGCGGUGGACAGCGGAGGAAGACCAGAUUCUCUCCAGCUACAUUCAAUCCAAUGGCGAAGGCUCUUGGAGAUCUCUCCCCCAAAAUGCCGGAUUAAAAAGGUGUGGAAAGAGCUGUAGAUUGAGAUGGGUUAAUUAUCUUAGAUCUGACCUCAGGCGUGGGAACAUAACUCCAGAAGAAGAAGAACUCGUUGUCAAAAUGCAUUCCACUUUGGGAAACAGGUGGUCACUGAUUGCGAGUCAUCUACCCGGGAGAACAGACAACGAAAUAAAAAAUUAUUGGAACUCUCAUCUCAGCCGUAAACUCCACUACAUCAGAAAGUCUCACGACGUCCCCGCCGUAAUCAUGAACGCUCCUCCGACGUCACAACGUCUGCCGGAGAAACGGAGACUAGGGAGAACCAGCAGAUCCGCCAUGAAACCCAAAACUCACAAACCAAAAACUAGAAAAACUAAGAAAACGUCUGCAUCGCCAGAGCUAGACUCCAACGUAGUAGUUAACGCGGUGGUGGGAGAAGAGGCAUUAAUGAUAGAGUUAAGUGGAGCCGAGGCUGACCUAGGACCACGUGAUGACUACUACUAUGGAGCGUGUCACGAAGUAGGAGACUGUUGCAAUACUAAUAAUAAUAAUAAUAAUCUCAUGAGCAUUAAUAUUAAUGGUGACAGUGGAGUUUUGUCCUUUGAUGAACAUGACAUCAUUGAUCUUUUGUUGGACGAGUCAGAUCCAGGCAACGUGUUUACAUCGAGUGUUGGUGAUGGGGAGUUGAGUCCUUUAGGAGACUCUACGAUAGCCAGAGGGUCAUCAGAGACUUCAAACCUAGGUAACCUCGAAUGUCUUCAGCCUUGUCGGUCGGUGGAGUCGUUUCUCAACUACGAGCAUCAAGUCAACGAUGCGUUGACGGAUGAGUUUAUUGAUUGGGACUGUGUUUGGCAAGAAGGUAAUAAGAGCAAUAAACUUUGCGAUGAGAAAGAGGCUUCUGAUCCAGUGGUGUCGUGGCUUUUGAACGGUGACGAUGAGGCCACGAUCGGGCAAAGUAACUGCGAAAAAUUUGGGGAACCGUUGGAUCAUGACGAGGAAAAUGCGUUGGUCGCUUGGCUUCUGUCUUGAAGAUGUUAAUGAUUUGUGUUAAGUUUGUAGUCUUUCGUGCAACUACAGUUGGAGUCCACUCCAUGUGGUGACGGUGUCAUCUCAACUUGUGCGCGUAUGCCUUCUGGUAUGCUUAUUGCAAUAAAACGGGUUUUGAAAGAUCAAAAUAACAUAUCAUCGUUUCUAAAGGAAAACCUAUAUAUUUUCCCGUCCUACUUAUUACCAUUUUUUAUGUAAUUUAAUAAAGAGGUACAAGAUGUAUGAGUAGAACCGUUUAAAGUAUAUGAACUAUUAGCAAUUAGGAUGCA